UGACGUCACUGCAUCACGCUGAGAGCGGAGCUGAUGCUGAGGAGCAAAUAUAGGACGAGAGGAGGAGGAGAGGCAGCACAGUGUUUAUGCAGCCUGUGUGUUUGCUGUGAGCAGCGGAGCAGAAACCAAGGUCAUUCAGGAUCAGAGGGCGACGCAGGGACCCAGUCACUGGAGGAUGAAGGGGCCCGGAGCGUGACGAGGCUGCGUCUGCCUCAUCCUCCCUCCUCACCCGCUGCUCAUUCUGCCUCACCCCCCGCCUCCCUUCACCACCAGCAGCUCCUCCUAUUCCAUCAGCUGCAAGCAUGGACGGACUCCGGCUGCCGCCCGUCAUAGAGGAGGUCCUGGACCCAUCCGACGAGCUGUGUGAGCUGAAGGUGGAGAAGCCCAUCAUGCUGGGAGACGCUCUGACGGACAAGGAGAGGGAGUCUCUGGAGGAAACCUACGAGGAGGAGGAGGAGAAGGAGGUGAAGGAGGAGAAGCAGGGUGAUGGAGGUGAAGAAGAGGUGGAGGAGCUGAGAGCCCAUGUGGUGCAGCUGCUGCUGGAGCUGGAGGAGACCAGAGAAGUUUCCCAGAGGCAUGAGGAGAGCUUCUUGGAGCUGCAGGGUCUGCUGGAAGACGAGCGAAUGGCCAGCACCAACCAGGCCGAGAGUUUCACCAGACAGAUCCAGAAGCUGCAGGCCCAGCUCCGCUCCGUGCAGGAGGAGAUGGACAGUCUGGAGGAGGAGAAGGAGAGCGAGCUGGCAGAGGCACAGGAGGAGCUCCGCUCGGCUCAGGAGGAGGUUCUGGUUCUGCAGCAGGCGGCUGAGGAGGCGGCCGCAGAGAGGGAGAACGACAUCGCCUCCCUGCAGGAGGAGCUUUGUCGGCUGAGGGCAGAGCUGCAGCGUCUCCAGGCCACGGCACAGGAGUACGAGCUGGAGAUCACCACGCUGAGAGCCGAGAUCAGCAUGAAGAGCCUCGGACACGGUGACGUGAGUCAGCUGAGGGACGAGCUCGUCUGUCUCACAGAAGAGCGUCAGUCUCUGAGCAGCAGCAACAAGGAGCUGAGCAACAAAGUGGAGCAGCAGCAGCGAGACGUGUGUGAGGACGUCUACCUGGCAGUCAGAGCUGAGGGCCACACGGAGCGAGAGCCCGACCCGUACAUCACUCUGUCCCAGGACCUGGACCCGUCUUCCGUGCAGGAGCUCCAUGGGCUCAAAGUUCAACUGAGAGAAGCUGAGGAAAUGGCUCGGAGAGUUCAGAGAGAGUGCGACAGCCUGAAGGACGAGCUGGCUGAGCUGCAGCAGCUCUACGACAGCAGCCAGAGGGAGCGGACGGUGCUGGAGCAGGAGCUGCAGCGCUGCAAGGCCGAGCUGCACAGAGUGCUGGGCAGGAAGUCACAGAAAUGCACACCUCCGUCUGAGCCCCCUGUUAUCUCCAUCCCCUUCAUAGGAAUGAUUGUAAUAGUGGCCUUGGUUUGGUGCUGGUGGGAGGAGCUGGCGUCCUAGAGAGGACCAGACGGAGGCUGAAGGCUGGAACCUGGUGGUGGCAGCGGUCGCCGUGGCAGCCAUCGUAGUUCUGGUCGUCCCCAGCUUCACCAGGGCCUGAGGACCACCGGAGGCUCAGCACUGUGGGACUGCGGCCACCCCAUCCGGCGCUGCCGUCAUGCAUGUUGCUGUCCUGAUGUUUGCUUGUUGCAUCGCACCACCAGAACGUAGAGGCUACAGAUGCCAGCGAGCGCUAGAGGAAGAAGCAAUAAGUUGAACUGACCGUCUUCACAGAGAUGUUGAAGUCUUCCUGCAGCUUGUGGUUGUACAGUAAGUGAGCAGCUAGAGAGGUACUGUAAACAGUCCUAUCAGAAGAAACAACUCAAUCAGUUUUAAUGGUUUUGUUUCCCAGAGCCAGCAGAGUCAGCUGUUUAUCAGUAUAAUUAUUAUAGAGUAAAAGUCCUCACUGUGUUAUUCAAAGUGUCACCGAGUGUGACACAAAACAUCAGUAACCACCACAACAAUAAAUCCUUCAGACUUUGAGUUAAUCAGUUCUUAACAUGUUAGGAUGAAAAUAUCUUAUUCCGACUUGUUUCUUAGUGAUCCAGAGUCUAAUUGUUUGCCUCGUUUUCCCCAAAGUAAAGGAACAUCUGAUGCUCAGUGUUCCAGUGAUGACACAACAGAUGGUAGCAGAUGUUUUAAGCACAUAACUGUGGUGUUUCACUAUUGCUUGAUGCUGUCAUGAUCUUAUUGUGUUUGCCUAGCAAUGAUCAUCAAUGCUAAUUAUUUAUCACAUUCUGUAGCAUGAUGGAAAACAAUUGUAAUCUAAACAUAAUGUAAAGAUGUUUAAUGAUGCAGUGAAACAUUCAUCAUCAUUAAUUUUUGAGAGUGUUUGUGUUGACGGGCAUCACUGUGCUGCUUUUAAGCUCUUCUUGUGCAACAGCUUUUUUGAACCUCAACAGUCUUAAUGAAAUUUGAACGAGGACCAAGAAUAAAGCCUUGUGGGACACCAUCCGUCAAGUACAGCAGCAACUGGAGCCACAAAAUGUACAGUGUUCGUUUGAACUCAGACUUUCUGUCCCCAUGAGAACAAACUGAGCCAAAUACUGCAGCUGAAGCACAAACAGUUAACCAGAUGUUCCAAUAGACCGACACGUCUGUGCAGCUCGGAAUCAGGUAUUUAAAAGUGUCUUUGUUGUUGGUUGUGGUUGUAAUGAACAGUUUGAUUACAUCAUAAAUCACAGUAAACUACAGAGACAAUAACCAAGAAAAUCCUCUGUCUAAAUCUGAAUGUGUGUGAAAAACAAUGUGAUCAGGUAUGAACUGAAAAUGAGACGUGUGGCCUGACCUCAACAGUCUGACCUGACCUCAGAUGUCGUAGCAGAGCUUCGCCUGUAGUGUUAAUAUACCAUCGUAUAAAUAUUAAUAAACAGUCCUGUAUAGCUGGAAAUGAAAAAGCAUGACUCACUACAAGCUUUGCAUGACGGGUACCCUUGUGUUUUCUUUGGUUAGAUUCUUAGUUAAAACCACUUCUUAUGUAAGUCAGCACUGUUGGAGGGUGAAUUAUGAUACUGGAACCAGAUGAUCAGACCAAGAAAAUUUCAGAUUUCCUAAUUUUUCACUUAAAGUUCUGUAACAUUGUCUCAUACAUAUGUAAUAGGAAGCCAGAUAUCUGGCUCAUGUGUCUCAGUGAUUCAGAUUUUAUAGUUGUAAUGUCCAUUUACCAGUGAUUGGGUGAUUUUGACAUAUUCAACCGUACAGUAAAUGUAAUGUGUUUAAUGUGUUAAAAGUAUGUUUGUCUUCGGUUGUUUUACGUCGUACGUUUGUCUUUGGUUGUUUUACAUCAUCCAGUCCAAUUCUGUGCUGCUUCCAAAAAUCUGAGCUUUUCCUGACUUUGCUUUUCAUUGUGACUUGCAUCUAUUAACACAGGAAGCAUCAGUGGAACAUGAGCUGAUAAAGUGUUUCUGUUGAAGUAGCAAGUCCUUACUUUUAAUUACCACCAGUAAGUAAAGUUCAACAAUGUAGCAACUGGACAUUUUUGCGUGAUUGUGUGAUGUGCUGGUACCAACAGAGAAACCUUGAUUUAGUGAAUGAUCGACACACAAAGCUUUUGUUUUACCAACUGAACUGUAAAGGUUGUAACUGGUGACUGAAGCUCAUCAGUCGCAGACUCUUUGCUAGCUGAGAUGGGUCCAUUCUUCCUUUGGCUACUUCAGUCCAACAAAACUCAAGUCUUCCCCAGAGUCACGUUUAGCCUAACGUAGCACAGUGACUGGAACAGGAGCUUCAUGCUGUGGUUGCGGCUGGCUAACAUUAGGCUAGCUUUAGCUAUUAAGCCAGGGGUGUCAAACUCAAACCCCUGCUGCAGCCUCUCCAUCACUCCCUGCUCCACCUCCUACUGAUCACCUCCAUCAGGUGUGUUCAGUCAAUCAACAGCCAGCUGGAUAAUCCAUCUGAAACCUGAUCAAUGUGAUCAGCAGAGAAAGUUUGAGAACCAGCAGGAUACCGGCCCUCAAGCACCAGUUUUAAUCCUGUGCAUUAGGCUAACAUUAAGCUAACAUUGAGCUAGCGGCCUGUGGCUACACAAAGUUUAGUUUGGUUUAUCACAGAGCUAAUUGUAGCACGUUGCUCCAGAUUAGCCUUUCGCUACGUUAGCAUGUCUCUACUUACUGCACCGUGUUUGUCUGGUUGUAUUCUUAUGUGAUGACUUUGUACAUUUUGUAAAUGUUCUCACCAAUAAAAGCAGUUGAUCUUG